AGACUGCGGGAUCUGCCUGCAUCAUCAGGAAACGCACAGAGCCGGACUGGACACAGAAAAGAUGGCGUUCACAUUCGCGGCCUUUUGCUACAUGCUCGCCCUGCUGCUCACGGCGGCGCUUAUCUUCUUCGCUAUCUGGCACAUUAUAGCAUUUGACGAGCUGAAGACCGACUACAAGAAUCCUAUAGAUCAGUGUAACACUUUAAAUCCGCUGGUUCUUCCAGAGUAUCUCAUCCACUUCUUCUUCUGUGUGAUGUUCUUCUGUGCGGCCGAGUGGCUCACCCUCUGUCUCAACCUGCCGCUGCUGGCUUAUCAUGUGUGGAGGUAUAUGAGCAGACCCGUGAUGAGCUGCCCUGGACUCUACGACCCAACAACCAUCAUGAACGCUGACAUCCUGGCGUACUGUCAAAAAGAAGGCUGGUGCAAACUGGCUUUCUAUCUCCUGUCAUUCUUCUACUAUCUCUAUGGGAUGAUCUAUGUGCUGGUGAGCUCUUAAACCGGACGAUGAAGGACAAGGACCUGCAUGUACAGUAGACGACCAGACACUAUGAACUUAGUGCUGCAACACUGGACCUGCUGGAGCCCCCCCCCCCCCCCGCUCAGUCACACGAGGCGCCAUUUCAAGCUGACGAACUCUCCAGCCCCCCCCCCACACACAAAGCGCGAGUGUCAUUUCGGAAACAUUUAGAGAAAAUCGUGGUCGAGGCGUUCUUGUCAUAGCAUUACAGAUUCAAAUUUUAUAGAAAAUAAGGACAAAACCUCAUCUACGGACAAGUGUUCUUUCUUUUUUAAGGGUGUGGUGAUUUUUUUUUGAUACUUGGGAUUUAAAUAAAGUUUUGUUUUCAUCUUGGUUCCCAGGUGAGAAUCUGAGCCGCAUUUGCUUUUUUCUGCCGAUUUGCAUUCGGAGCUUUUAGCUAAUUUCCACCACGUGAUUCAUUGCCAUCGCUAAAACAGCAAAGUGCAAACCGGACUCCUGCUCCUGCUCCCUGAUGGAUACGGUCCUGAAAUGAACAUGAAGGUUCAGAUGUGGACAAUCGUCGUCUGGUUGUCCCCACAUCUGUUUUCAGACUGUCUGAUGAAUAGCUUCCAUGUUUCAGACCCAUCUAUCACGUCGAGUCAUGUAAUCCCCGCUGAAGUUAUCGCUGAUAUGUUUUUAAGUGUGAAUCAAGAGUAGAAAGCAACGUGUGUGCGACCUGUGUUUGUGUAGAUCAGCCCCCCCCCCCCCGGCAGCCAUGCCUACUUAAAAAAAAAGGUUGACUCAACAGUUCUCAACAUUUGAAUUCUCUUGUUUUCUGCAGUGGAGUUUCUCUGAAUCUGCUCAUGUGCCAGACUGUCGAAUGGACCUUUUCAAAUUUCCACUGCUGUGCUCGUCUUUGUGCGUCUUGUUAAUUUCAACACAGUGUUAGGAACCCCAAGGUUUAUUCAUUCAGUGUUUUUCAUUUUCCUUUUUUUAUCUCCAGGAUAUCAAACACUCCUCGGUGUUGCUCAUGUCAGGACUGAAGAAUCUGGAAAGUAAUCUCCUUUUAGAGUCGAGGCCGAUAGACUUCAUUUUUCAGAAAUACAGUAUUUAUUGCCAUUUUUAAAUGUGUAAAUUUAUCAGGGAAAGGGAUAAAGAUCAUUUGUCACAAUAAUGUUUUUAUGUAUUAGAUCCCAUUUGUGUCGCAUCUAGGAAAUGACAACUUGAGUUUAUUUGAAUCUAAAUAAAUUCAUCCCACUCUUUACAA